UUUAAAAAUAUAAAUAGAAUUUUUUAUUUCCUUUCGUUUCUGCAACAAGCGGGCAGCACAGUCGGGGGUUCGAGGUUGAUUUCAGUCGGCGAGUUGAGCAAACCACAGAGAGUGGAGACUGAGAUGUGCAUAUAGCAGACAUUCAGACGUAGCUGAAUAGUAUCGUGGAGCGAGGCUGGAACAAACCAAUAAAGUGAAGCUGUCUAUUAAGUUUUGUCAGAAAUUAAGCCGAAGGGAACAAUUCAGUAGUUAGUAUUAUUAGAAAUCGGAGUUAGAAGCAGGAGUUAAGGCAAACGAGCAGACAAAUCAGGAGCAAAGGCUCCUCCUAUUCCUAUCAUCGUCAAUAGAUCCAAUCCGCCUCUUAUUUUAAUCCUCAAGGUUUUGUAUUUGCAUCAUUUCAUGUGUUUCUCUUGUUCGUGGAGAUUCACGUUGCACACAAUUACUCGGCAUCUCAGCACACUGUUUGUUCUAAUAAUCCUUGCAUCUGAAUUGAUGGAGAAUCCUGUAAAAAAGUCGGCGUCAUCGUCAUCUCUCAAUCCAAACAAGCUUUUGAAAGAACAGUUUGUUAGCAACUUAAAUGGAUGCUCAAUGUUUGAAAUCUUCGUAUUAACGUCCAUGCUUUCGGUUGCAAUACUCAUACGUCGCUGCAUUGGUUUCCAUGGAACAACUAAUCAUGGUGACACGGAUGCCUCACUCAAGAAAAAUGAUGAUGCAAUUGUUGAGACAAAGAAGUGGAGUGCGUACAUGGUGACAACUGCAGUUGAUUUUAUAUUCGUUGUCAUUCCCCUUAUUAUAUUUCCAACUGUCCUGGCAGAUUGGACUUACAUAAAUGCUAUCUUAUCGUUGACAGUGCUACUUUUAUGUUUUACAUAUAGGAGAUGUGUUUCUUCUGUUUCCCUGGAAGGGGUUCAGCCUGUUAGGACAUAUAUUUCCUCAUACAGGGUUACAAUGAUGCUUGUUACAUGCUUCUGUAUUUUGGCUGUUGACUUCAAUAUAUUUCCUCGGCGAUAUGCUAAAACUGAGACUUACGGCACUAGUGUGAUGGACCUUGGGGUAGGUGCAUAUGUUUUGGCGAAUUCGCUGGUGUCACGACAGGCUCGAGGCAACAUGAAAACGAGUUUGAGAAAUGCACUGCAGUCAGCUAGUCCACUUCUUUUCUUAGGGUUUGCUCGCAUUGCUUUCACUUCAGGAGUUGACUAUCAAGUUCACGUGGGAGAAUAUGGAGUGCAUUGGAACUUUUUCUUCACACUUGCUGCUGUAUCUAUACUAACAUCAGUAGUAAACAUUCCCCCAAAUUAUUGUGGAAUUGUAGGUUCAUCAAUACUAAUAGGUUAUCAAGUUUUCUUGGUGCGUGGCUUAAAUUUGUAUUUGCUUUCUGAAGAAAGGGGAUCAGACAUCAUUAGCCAAAAUAAGGAAGGAAUCUAUAGUAUAUUUGGAUACUGGGGCUUGUAUCUUGUUGGUGUCCAGUUGGGCAACUUUAUUUUUUUCGGAAAUCAUUUUUCUGCAACAAUCACAAAUAAUUGGUCUAGAAUCAGAGUUUGGAUUCUUGCAAUUCUGUUCUGGCUUUUAACAUUAUUCCUCAACCAGUAUGUUGAAAAGGCCUCUCGCAGAAUGUGCAACUUGGCAUAUGUGACCUAUGUACUGGCAGCGAACCUACAGUUUCUGGCUAUGGCAAUGCUGGCUGAUUAUAUUCCUGGACCCAAAAUUUCCAUACUUGAAGAAGCAUUUAGCAAAAACUUAUUGGGGACAUUCCUUUUGGCAAAUUUGAUGACAGGGUUGGUGAAUUUGUCCGUAGAUACCAUAUACUUAUCUCCCUUGCAUGCGCUAAUCAUCUUAAGUAUCUAUUCAUUGAUUUUAUCUGUUGCCGUUGUAAUCGCAGAUUUUUAUGGACUGAAGCUAAAAUUUUGGUAAACCAUGUUAUACACAAUGUACUUAACUAUUGAGCAAGAUAUUUUUUAUGACCAAAAAUAUUAUCAAUAUAGUCGGUUGCCUUACAGCAUUA